GUACGAAGUGGCUACAAUGUACCAGGGUUCGGAGUGACUGAUACAUCCUCAGCCGGGAGAACUGCUACUGUGUAACCCCCCCUUGUACAAAGCUCCGUGGCUUUUCCUGGUGCUAACCGCUCCCCCAGGCUCUGCUCCCCUCCCCUGAAUAAGAUUUUUUCUCUCUCUUGUAUAAACCUCCAGUACGCAUAAACCGAACCCAGAAAAAAAGAACGGGGGGUUAUCUCAAUCUCACUGCCUCUGUCUGUCUGCCUCUCUCCCUCUCCCACAAUUAUUUAAAAAUGAUGGCCCCAAUGCAACAGAAUGGAAAUCAUAUAGAGCUCGACCCCCCAGACUCAAGGAAGCGACCGCUAGAAGCGCCCAUCGAUGCCGGCAGCACAAAGCGGACUAACACAGGAGAAGAAGGCGAAUUUUUCCUGAAGGUUCUGAUCCCCAGUUACGCUGCAGGCUCGAUAAUCGGGAAGGGCGGACAGACCAUCGUCCAGCUGCAGAAGGAGACGGGUGCCACCAUUAAGCUUUCCAAAUCCAAAGACUUCUACCCAGGCACGACCGAGCGGGUUUGCUUGAUCCAGGGGACGGUGGAAGCCUUGAACGCGGUACACGACUUCAUUGCAGAGAAGGUCCGGGAGAUGCCGCAGAACGUCGGCAAGGCGGAGCCGGUCAACAUACUCCAACCCCAGACCAACGUCAACCCUGACCGGGUCAAGCAAGCGAAGCUGAUCGUCCCCAACAGCACGGCGGGGCUGAUCAUCGGCAAGGGUGGCGCCACCGUGAAGGCGGUGAUGGAGCAGUCGGGUGCCUGGGUGCAGCUGUCGCAGAAGCCGGAGGGCAUCAACCUGCAGGAGCGGGUGGUGACGGUGAGCGGCGAGGCGGAGCAGAACCGCAAGGCGGUGGAGCUGAUGGUGCAGAAGAUCCAGGAGGACCCGCAGAGCGGCAGCUGCCUCAACAUCAGCUACGCCAACAUCUCAGGCCCGGUGGCCAACUCCAACCCCACCGGCUCGCCCUACGCCAAUUCGGCCGAGGUCCUGCCGGCCGCGGCCUCAGCGGCCGGCCUGCUGGGCCACGCCAACCUGGCCGGCGUGGCCGGCUUCACCGCCGGGCUCUCGGGCUUCACCGGCAAUGACCUGCUGGCCAUCAGCUCGGCCCUCAACACCCUGGCCAGCUACGGCUACAACACCAACUCCCUGGGGUUGGGCCUCAACCCGGCCACAGCCACCGGUGUGCUGGCAGCCGUGGCGGCCAGCGCCAACCCCGCCGCUGCCGCCGCCGCCAACCUGCUGGCCUCAUACGCCAACGAGGCCUCGGCCGGCACCAAUGCCCCGGCCGGCUCAGUGGGCUCCUUCUCGCUGGGCUCGCUGGCCGCCGCCUCGGCCGCCAGCAACGGGUACUUCAGCGCCGCCUCGCCGCUGGCCGCCGGCUCCAUCCUGGCGGCGGAGAAGCUGAGCGAGGGCUCCAAGGACGUGGUGGAGAUCGCCGUGCCCGAGAACCUGGUGGGCGCCAUUUUGGGCAAGGGCGGCAAGACGCUGGUGGAGUACCAGGAGUUGACUGGCGCCCGCAUCCAGAUCUCCAAAAAGGGCGAGUUUAUCCCGGGCACGAGGAACCGCAAGGUCACCAUCACCGGCUCGGCGGCCGCCACGCAAGCCGCCCAGUAUUUAAUCAGCCAAAGGAUCACCUACGAGCAAGGAGUGCGUGCUGCCAACCUCCAGAAAGUUGGGUAACUGGGAGCUGAAAGACAGGUGUCCGCUUUUUUAAAACAGAAACUGAACGGAGCUUAUAUAGUACUUGAUCUAAUUAAAACGUCUUGUAUUAAUAUAUUAUAUGAAGCGUCAGAGAUCUGUGUAUAUGUAAAUAAUGUUUACUGCGUUUCCACUGGAGACCAUGUCUUCUGUUGAUUUGGGUCCCCCCCCCCCCCCCGUUCCUCCCUGGCCACUGCCUCUAGACUCACCUUUUCUCCCCUCUUCUUCCCCCACCCCUUUUCAUCCACUGUCCCCACUUCCCUGGCUCUCUGCUCCACCCCAACUCCCUCUCUCUCCACCCACUAGCCCCUCCCUCCUAGUGCUGGCCUCCUCCCUCUUAUAGGACCCUCCAUUCCACUCCCCCCCCCAGCCGCCGCCUGUGUCUCCUGUCCCCAUCCUCCCUCAUCUUUCCUCUUCCACUUCCCUAAUCCUCCCUCUCGUGCCAUCCUCCUCUUAACCUUUGUUCUUCCAACUCUCCUUUCCCCUCCCUCCUCUCCCCUCCAACUCACUUAUUUCCCCUCCCACUCCCUCAUCUCCCCUUCCUUUUCCCUCACUCUCCCUCCUUUUCCCUUCCCUUCCUUAUCCGCCCCCUUCUUCCCUCACCCUCCCUGCUCUUCCCUCCUCCCCCUCAUUUCCCUUCCUCAUCCCCUCUUUCUGCCUCCUAUUGCUCUAACCUCACCUCUCUGCUCAUGCUCUAGGCCUCUCCUCCCCUCUACCUUUCCUCUCCCUUUUCCCUCCCCUCCCUCUCCCUCCCCUUUCUCCUCCCUCCCUCUCUCUCCCCUUCCAUUCUCCCGUCUCCAAUGAUUCCCUGCCCGGAAUCUCCUGUUUGAUCUGUGCCAUCGUCUCUUCUCUCUUAACUGCUUCCUCCCCCUGUCCCCCCCCCCCCAGCCUCCUCCUAUUUCUCUCCCUCCCUGAUGGAGCUGUGUGUUCAGCACGUUCCAGACUUGAAUAAAUGCCCGUCCUCAGUCUCACACGGUGCAGGGGUUUGGGAGCUAACAUAUCAACACCCGUCCCCCUUCCAUCCAGACCUCUUCUACAAUUCCCCUUGCCCUCCUCCCAUUCCCUCCUUGAGGGGUGGCACCCGCACUCACUUGCGGCUCGUCGCAUGACGCUCCUCUCCAAUGCCCCCUCACAAACUCGCCUGUGACCGGUCGCUUGAUUCUUCCUCCCUAUCGGCCCAGCAAACAGAUUCAUCUUCCUUUACCCACUGGACAUGUUUGAACGUCAGCUGAUUUUGCCACUAAUCAAUAAGUGUUUUAUCAAAACCUAUAUAUAUAUAUAUAUAAAAAAAAGGAUGUAUAAACUCAAGAGUUUGCAUUCCCAGAGGUUUUCAGCUUGAUGUCUAACCCUAGAAACUCCAAGGUGAUGUUGGAGGGUUUAGAGCCCUACCUCUGUCCCCAGCUAAUGUGAACACAGAAGUGAUUGUCCAAGCUUAAAGCUCAGUGCCAUCACCCCAGUCUCUCUCUCUCUCCCCCUCUCUUUCUUUCUCUCUCUCUCUCUCUCUCUGGGCCUCCCUUUCCUGCCUUCCUGAAUGACCAUUGCAGAUCAGAUCUCCCCCUCUUCCCCCCAGAACAUCUCUCGUUACCCCCAUGCUGACCCACAGUACAGACUUGCUUGAGGCUAGGAGACCGUAGCACUCCGGGAGAGCAAGAAGAGGCAACACACACACACACACACACACACACACACACACACACACACACACACACACACACACACACACACACACACACACACACACACACACACACACACAAUGCUGGAGGAACUCCGCAGGCCGGGCAGCCUCUGUGGAAAAGAGUAAAUAGUCCAUGUUUCGGGCCGACACCCUUCAUCAGGACCCUUCAGAAGGCUCUCAGCCCGAAAUGUCGCCUGUACUCUUUUUUUUCUGCCUGGCCUGCGGAGUUCCUCCAGCAUUUUGUGUGUGUGUGUUGCUUGGAUUUCCAGCAUCUGCAGAUUUCCCCUUGUUUGCAAGAAGCAGCGGCUACCUUUAACGCACCAAGAGUAUGUUAGACACCAUUCUGCCUCUUGUUCGGCACCCACCCCCUCCCUCCUAGCCCUCUAGCCGAACUAAAGCAAUCCAAGGAGAAACCUCCUCACCCAGGGAGAAGUGGGAAUGUGGAGCCCAUUCCAACAGGGAGUGCUUGAGGCAAACAGCGAAGGAGCCCUCAAAGAUAAGGAUACCAGUGGGAGAAGACUUGGAAUAUUUAGGAAGUUUAAGAGAAGCCCUGCGUGGACCAGCAUGAAGUGCUGCGGGUAUAUUGUCUGCCUCUGGGCUGUGGGUUGGGUUGGUAAGCAGCCAAUUUUGCUUUGGCUUUGAGAAUCCUGGGAGAUGUGUGUGGGGGGUGGGGUGGUAAGGAAGCAGAAUUGAAAGAGUUUCAAUAUUUACCACUGAUCUCACCCCCAUUUCUUGGGUUUUUGAUAGGCCUUCCCAACAGUGAGCACGACUAGCGAGUGUUAUGUGUGUGUGGGUGUGUUGUCACACUUGGCCAGACCUGAAGCUCACAACCAUGACAUCAGGGGAAACGCCAGGAGUGGGACAUAGCCACUGAACAUGGGAUUCCCCGGAGAGAGACUGUCAAGGAGAUUGUAGGGCCAGAGGGGGGAGGUGGGCACAAAAACAGCAAGGUAGUGUAGUGGUUAGCACAAUGGUUUACAGUACAGAUGACCUGGGUUCAAUUCCCCCCGCUGCCUGUAAGGAGUUUGUAUCUUUUCCCCAUUACUGCGCAGCUUCCUCUGCGUGCUUCAGUUUCCUCCCACAGUCCAAAGAUGUACCAAGCCGGUAGGUUAAUUGGUCAUUGUAAAUUGUCCCAUGAGUUGGCUAGGACAAAACUGGGGGAUCGCUGGGCAGCUGCAAGGACCGGAAAGGUCUAUUAUGUAUCUCAAAUGAGACUGUCACCAGGACCACAAUUCUCUUUAGCUAGUUAGAUACUCAUAUCUGAUGUCCUCGGGGGCGGGGGGAGGGUCCACAGAGAGAAAGAGAGAGGCAGCUGCAGUGAGAAAGAGUCUGGGGGCCCACAGAGGAUCUAUCUGGCUUCCACAGAGAGAGAUGGGCACUGAGGACAGGGGCCCAUUAAAGGAGACUAGCGGUCCACAAACAAAGUUGGCCCGCAGAGAGUGCAGGUCGACUGAUAAGGCUGGUCGGAGGGACUAGAGAAUCCACCAGUAAGGGUGCUGGUAGAGGCCAGAAUUCCACAAACAAACCCUGUCAUAGUGACCAGGGGCCCACAAGUGAAGAUGGACUGUGGGUACCAGGGAUCCACAAGCAAAGAUAGUCUGUGGAUACCAGGGAUCCACAAGUGAAGAUAGUUUGUAGCUGUCAGGGAUCCAUGAGUCAAGAUGAUCCAUGGAUUCCAAGUACUGACAAGACCAACCUCAUUCAACCAAUAACCUCCCACCUACUUGCUCCCUGGCCCUGGUUCCAAGUCACUGACUAGGCCUCCCUUGCCACCCAGGCCCAGCAGCUUCUGGAAUCCAGGUUCCUGUGGACUCCCAUCGAGGGCUCACUGUAACUACAGCUCCUCCCGACCCACCACCAUCACCAGAGAGGGGCGGGCAGGCCAGUGCCAAACCAAAAAGGGCGUUGGGUCGUGGCGACCUGGAGACAGGCCUGGGUCAACAUUUGGGGAAGGGUGGGCGAGACAUGACCCCUAGCAAAGUAUCUUCCAUGGGGCAAAAUAAUAGGAAGCCAUUCGGCCCUUCAAACAGUUUUCUAUCCUGUCUUGGCCAAAAUAUAGGGCUGACACCAGUUUGGAGGUGAUAGGCGGAGUGAGAAAUUUGGUGUUGGCUUUUGUUAGGCUCUUGCCCCUCCUGGGAUCCCUGUCAAAGAUGGUCCUGUCCAAGUUGUUCCACCAGAGGAGUGUUGACUUGACCAAUGAAGAUCCAGACUGAGACAUCAAGGAGAUUCCCUCAACCCAUCCCAUCCUCUCCAGUGGUUCUUUAGUGCCACACAGUAAUCAACGGCCUUCACGUUCAUCCCAUCUUUACUCAGAGGGAGCUUACAGCCUGUUUUCGGAUCUGUCUUGCAGCAGCUCAGGAGGGUUUCAUUGACACCUGUUAGAAAGGUGUGUCAUUUGUGAGAAGGGCGCCAGGCAGGUUCCGCACUACGGUGAGUCUGGCCCACGGGGGUGGGGGGUGUCUUCCCCUGUUGCCAUAGCAGCAUAUGAGCUGCCGCCUACACUGCUUCCCUAUCUCAGAUCCCAACAAGAAUAUUCCCAGUGCCUCACAAAACAGCACUUGAAACUAUUCUCACAUCUUUCCCAAGAAAGUGGGGCAGAUUCCUAAGGAAUUGCUUGGGGUAUUAAGUAUAUCGCUUGGAAUGUCACUAGAAAGUAUCCCCAGACUUUUCUCUGAUUCUAUCCGACGGGAAUAGGCAGUUUAAAUGGUAAAGCACUGGCUUGACGGGCCAAAGGGCCUGGUCCAGUGCUGGACUUCUCUAUGACUUUUUAGGAGUAGGCUACAGGCCCAAGGGUUGCCCAGCCCCAAAGGCAAGACUCUGUCCAUGGGGGUGGUUCUGGAAUCAGCUUCCCAUGGACGGGCAAACUCUGUCAAAAGGGUUAGAGAUCUGUCUAGUAACCAGUUUGUUAAUGUCUCUCCAGGGGCAGGCGGCAGGGUAGGUGAUGGGAAAGUGGGGUGAGUGAAAAGGGGAAUAGUGAAUGGGCUGAACUAUUCCAUGAUGGGCUGAAUGGCCUGUUUCUAUACUGUAUGGCUCUACAUUAGCAUUCCUCUCGGCUUUAGGCUGCUUGGAACUGUCCCUGGUCCUGAAACAGCUCUGGAGUGCGAAGACAGUGAGGCAAGUGGCCCUUCACUGUUGCGGGGAGGAGGCCAGGGGCUAGUGGGUGUGAAUCCCAAGAGAUCCCUCAAUACAUUGCUAGGCUUGUGAAGUGAAUUUUGGGUUGGUCAUUGUGCACUUCACAAGCUUUGUGUACUUGCCAGUGUGAGGUCUUGCUUCAGCAAGGAGAUAUUCAACACAAUUGGGGGCCCGUCUGUGGGGGGCAGAUUAAAUGUGUUAGAGGGACACACACAUUUGUGCACAAGCUAGACACCCGCAGUUGCAAUCUGACCCCAUGGUCCUACACACAAGAUCUCGUCGGAAACCUGCAACCCAGUCUCCGUCCUUCGCUCGGUCUCUCCGAGCAUGAAAUAGUUCCGUAUGAGUUUAAACCCCAGCCUUUCAGAUUGCCGCUUGCUCUGUUAAACAGGCUCUGCAGCUCCUCCCCAUUUGCCUUCUACUCUCCACGAACAAGCUCAGAACGAGCGAGCCUGAAAACCCUCGUUAGUCAGCCUGAAAACACGUAGUUUUCGCUGCCAGAAUUAACACAGCUUCUUAAAAAAGUUUAAAAUGACAUGUUGAAAUGAGAUUUUUUUUUGGUCUAAUGCCAGAAACUGCUAGUGCCAUUUGAACAACAUAUCAAGCAUAUUGUGAGAAUGUAAAUGCAAAUUCAGAGUGUAACAUGCUUAUUUUUUUAGAGAGGAGGAGAGUUGAAAUAAUCUAGAAUAUUCAAAUUUUGACUCUGUUGAGGGCCAUUGUGUGUUGCCUGUGUGUCCACAGCCUGCGUUAGCUCAGAUUUGGAGAUUUAUUGAGCUCUUAGUUUUCCUUGAGUUGUUGGUGUUGCGACAAACCUCUGACUUCUACUUCCUGUGAGUGAUGAUGCUGUUGGAACAUUCCUAGUCUCCCUAUUCCUCACUCCAGUACCCUUUCCUCUCCCAUGAUUCAUUGCAUCCUCCCUGGGACUAAGACCUAUGAUUGGCUGUCUGCAGCUCUUUCCCAUCCAAUGAGUGAACCAUGCUCUCAGCUGUUGCUGGAUACAUCCUCAAAUCUGAAUGCGCAGCUCCCUGGGAAUCCUCGGCCUUUUGACAUCGAUGGGAGCUAGCGGAAUUUGUUGACGAGGGUCAUGGGAGCUUAGUGCAGGUGAUGAGGUGGGUUGGAGAAUUAAGUGUGGGGGUACUUUCUACCCAUGGAGUCAGGGCUCAGAACUACUUAGACAUGAAUACAAACUUUGCACUCAUGUGAUACAAACCCAGACACAGGCAGGAAAAUGAAAACACACACACACACAUUAUGCAUACACCAUAUAUGCACACACACACAUACGCAUAAAACACAGAUAGGGUCAGAGAAACAGGCCCUUCAGCCUAUCUAAUCCAUGCCAAACAAUUUAAACUGCCUAGUCCCAUCGAUCUGCACCCAGUCCAUACCCCUACCAUCCAUUCUCAUAAACAUCGAAAUCUAAAUUGCAUCCACCACUUGCACCAGGAGCUCAUUCCACACUCUCACCACGCUCUGCGUGAAGGAGUUUCCCCUCAAACAUCUCACCUUUCACCCUUAACCCAUGGCCUCUAGUUGUAGUCUCCCGCAACCUCACUGGAAAAACCCUGAUUGCCUUUACCGUACCUAUACCCCUCAUAAUUCUGUAUACCUCUAUCAAAUCUCCCUUCAUUCUUCUAUGCUCUAGCAAAUAAAGUUCUAACCCAUUUAAUCUUUCCUCAGGCCCUCCAAUUCCUGCAACAUCCUUGCAAAUUUUCUCUACUCUUUCAGUCUAACGUACAACAUUCCUGUAUGUGCUUAAUACGUAUGUGCACAUGUACACACAUGUUCACAAACACAUGCACAGGCAAUAUAUAUGCACACAUAUACAAAGACAAGCUCAUAGAUUCUCUUUCAAAAAGAGGCACACAUGGGUAGACAGAUACACACACACACACACACACACACACACACACACACACACACACACACACACACACACACACACACACAAACACACACACACAAU